CCCCCCCCCCCCGGAAAUCUCCGGAGGGGGCUCGGGCCCCGGAGCACCUCCUCCCACCCCGUAAUCGGCGCCUAUGACCCUGCAUAUGUUGAUGUAGGAUGCAAUGUAAAUUCUUUCUACGUAAGCUAGCUUGUUGGUCAGAUGUGUGGAAGACAAACAUACAGUAAGGCCAAACAUUUUGCCUGAGAAUAACUUCAGCUUCAGUUCGGGAAUAUGUUUAUGCCCUAGCCAUUAUGAAUGCACACAUAUACAGUGGCUAACCUGCACAUAUAUGUGUGUCAGUCGCUACUUCAUACUUUUAAGCAUCUUCAAUCGCACCUUCGUCAAUAGCGGCCGUUACCUAUCAGCCCUAUCACUGCGGUCGACGUUUCAAUGUGCUCAAGCUUUUACCAUAGAAUAAAGCUUUUACUGAGAGCGGAAAACGCAAAAUGAGGUGCGAGUGUGAAUGUAGAUCCCUGUAAGACAGUGGCACGUACGCAUUCUAGAUUGGCCACUAGUCGAGUAGCACAAAAUAUUUUAUAUAUAACGGCGCGACAUGUCCAGCGUAACAUAUUUCACUUCAAAAUUAUUGUUUAAAUGCUGCGCUCCAUCAUAUUUGACGAUGAUUUUUAGGCUGCAGUGCUUCAAUUGGACAUCUGUUAUGGGAUUAGAGAGAAACCAGGAACAAGAGAUGAGUCGAGCGGGAGCCAUAUCCGGGGAGCGGAAACUUGCAUGUCGUGCUCAGCGGCUGAAAAUAGGCCACACUGCACAAACAUUUCUUUUUACUCAACCUACUUCAGAGCUUCAUUGCUACUAAGUUCAUCACACGAAAAAAAUGCCUGCACAUGAGCAUGUGUCUGCUCGCGCCACGCUACUCAUGCGCUACCCGAACGAAACGUACUCCCCGGAAAUCCAUGCGGCGACGCUUCAAAAAUCGCCCUUUUAAGACUACUGCAAAUCAAUAUCGCUCGCUAUUUUGCAAAACGUUGAACGAGUGCACUACGCCACGGCCUCGAGAGGCUGAACGUUCACCGUUCAUUGGAAGCUCUCGUUGAUUCAGUGGCUACGUUCGGCGGCUCAGGUCCGGCCCGUACGGCGGUGUUUCCAUGAGGUUAUGCAGUAAAUAAGCGAGAUUUCUUAUUUGAAUCACCUUUUAAAAAUGAAGCUUUUGUAUCAACACUCGCUGAUUUGGCGAUCCUACCAUAGAGAAAGAAAAGAUCCUACUUUCGUUUGUGUGGUUCUUUACGCAUCGGGGUGUCGGAGCAUCCGCAGCGCAAACGGCGGCAAAGGAAAGGCAACAGACGCGAGCAGCGCGAGAAUGGAGUCGGUAGCUGCGUCUUCUGUGGAUGAUGGAAUGGAAGCGGUGGAAGUGUAUAAUAAUCCCACUUUCGGGAAUUUGUUGCGCACCUCGGCCGAGAUCUCUGAGCGUAUACUAAGUUAUAUGAACUGUCGCCAGCUGUGUGUUUGCGCCCAGGUUUGCUCUCUCUGGAAUACUACUGCCAAGCGUUUGAACAGCAAACGCAGCAGCGUAGUGCACUGUUUUGAGCCUCUGAAGCGCAAACGCAAAGUAUGUAGCCGAGGGGAACACAGCAGAGACUUUUCUGGGAAUGCAACCAAGAGCUUCAUCCAGAGCAUGACAGAUGCAUGGUCUGAGCCAGGACGUGCAUUGGUUUUCGGCACACAAUACCUGUACCGUUACCUGUCUCCUCCACAGAAGGCUUCCCCAGUAAAUUCACAUCGUGUAGCAUGUUGGAGUGAAGUGACUCAGCGUGUAGCAAGUCUCCUGCCACCCCCAUGUUUCCUGCUGCUUGGAACUGCUGGAGGAGUCAUUGGCACCAAUGCCUCUGGGUGCCCUAUUGAGCUGGAACGUGGUGAAGGUGUCUCGGGAAUGCUGCUCCCAGCUAGGCUGCCUGAGGGCGUUCGUGCGCAACCUUUCUUGGUGCGCAGGGAUCACGUCAGCCCUGAGAACAGACCUAGUGACUGGUUUGCCACUGACAUGUUCAAAAGCCUUGUGGGUCUACCUGUGGGUGAAGAGGCAGUGGAUGUUAAGUGUGUCUUGUGGUUCACUGUCAGCGAUGUGGCAUUUGGCGAAAACUAUCAGCUCAUGUACGACAUGGUCACAGAUGUUGUGGCCAGCUGUGGCAUGCGGCGCUUUGCCCUUGGAGGAGCAGUCCUUGAGCAGAUGACUGUAAAUAAUGGCCUAAAUGGUAUUGAUCACUCAAUCCUGUGUGCUGGAUUGUGCUUUUCUGGUGAUUCUGUACGUGCUGCAUCAAAAAUCGUUGCUCCGUCUGUGAAAGGUGCCGAGGCAGUCGAGCGAGAGUUGGCAAAAUUCCGGCUUGACACAGGCUUUGAUGGCUGGGACAAGUCCUGUACCUUUGGCUUCAUGUUUGCCUGUGUGGCACGUGGUGCGAGGCAUCAUGGAAAAACAAAUGUUGAGGCAGAUGCAUUUGCACGUGUCUUCCCUGGUGUGCCGCUCAUGGGCGUCUUUGGAAAUGGGGAAAUUGGAGUUAAUUAUGUGCCAACUGAUCAGCAGCUGUUGGCCCCAGUAAGCAGAAAGGAGAAUUGCUUUCACGGCUACACCACAGUGUUUGUUCUGCUGUCAUGGAGCAAAUGCCGAUAAUCAUAACUGAUUCUAUCAAGCAUUUGUCUAACAUGUGAGCAUUUUUCACUGCAGUGCCUAUUGUGGACUUGGUGAAUUCAUUUCAUUGUGAAAUUAUGAAUGAGAUGAACUUGUCUUACAUUAAAGAUCCUUUUUUAGUUGA